UCUUCGAAAGUUAUAAGGCCUCGGAAACUCCAUGCCAAGCCUCCAGUGUAACCCGUUACCCAUCACCCGGCUCAGGUGCAGGUCACGUGACCGGUCCGGUCCAGGCUCACGCGGAGGAAAAACGGUGUCGACGCGGCGGGACCGCACACACACACACAGCGGCACACACACAGACAGACGGACAGACGGACUGCCCGGGUCGGGUGUCGGGUGUCGAGUGUCUGUGGGCGGAGCACUGCCGGUGUCGCACGUCAGUAGCACGUGAGGGUCUUCAGCCGUAGGCACCGGCACCUCAACAGUGAAGAGCCCGAGCGCUUCUGUGAAUGAAGGGCUGGAACGCCUCUACCAUAGCGCUCUGAGGAAAGCGCAACUUCACUGCUGUGACGACGUGUGAAGACGGCGUUAUUGGCCAGGCUUAGUGCCUGAAGCUUUGCAGUGAGCACCGAACAGUGACGUCAUUCUCAGAGACCUCAGUGACGUCAUCGAAAACGGCUGGUCGUUGUGUGUGUGCUCUGAGAGCCCGCUGUUAUCUGCAAGUGACCACACGAUAGCACCUGAGAGGCUCUAGUUGGCGGGCGGGUGAGACCCAGGCCGGCCGUGUAUUGCUGCUGUGACUCCGUGCAUGCACAAGAACCAUUGGAGGACUGUCACACCCGAGUGCUAAUCACGAGGGGCCACUCGAGUCUGAUCCGAUCGGCACGGCUCUGUUGGAUGCCGUCUCACUCCGCCUAACCAGGUGUGGUGUCCUCAAGUUGAGCUGCUUCACUAGGAGAGGAUUCAGGGCAUCGGCAGUUAAAACUUCAUACCUCCCAGACGGACUCUUCCCGUACCAUGCACGACCAGCUCUCGAUGGCGACGGGUCACUACGUGCCGCUGGACGACUCGCGUUCGGGCGCGCCACGUGCGCACGUGCGCCGCUGUUUGUGCCUGCGGCGCAGCACGUGCCUGCUGCUGUUGGGCACGUGUCUAUACGUGGCGUGGCUGGCAGCCGGCGCCGCCGUGUUCUCGUUUCUGGAGCAACCCGCAGAGGACAGACUGCGGAGCCAACUGAACGAGCGCAUCAGCCAGUUCCUGGAGGAUAAUCAGUGUGUGCCAGAGUCGGCCCUGGAGGACCUCAUCACGGAGGUGGUGCUCGCCAACAACCGCGGCGUAUCGGCCUCCAAGAACAUCUCCACCGGCUCCAACUGGAGCUUCGGCCAGAGCUUCUUCUUCUCGGCCACCGUGGUCACCACCAUCGGCUAUGGUCACGUGACUCCGCUGUCGGAGGGCGGGAAGAUCUUCUGCGUGGUGUUUGCGCUGAUCGGCAUUCCACUGACGCUGGUCAUCCUGUCGGCCUUCGUGGAGAAGCUGAUGGUGCCCUCCACCAUGUUCCUGCAGUGGCUGAACUCUCGGCUGGGCCACCUGUACCAGCCGUUCAACAUCCGCCUGUUCCACCUGGCGGCCGUGGUGGUGCUGAUCGCCUGCCUGUUCUUCCUGGUUCCGGCGGCCAUCUUCAAUCGCCUGGAACCGGGCUGGUCGUUCCUGGACUCGCUCUACUACUGCUUCAUCUCCCUGACCACGGUGGGCCUGGGCGACUACGUGCCGGGCGACCGGCCCGGCCAGCAGUACCGGCCGCUCUACAAGGUGGCCAUCACAGGUUACCUGCUGGUCGGUCUGGUGAUGAUGAUGUGGCUGCUGACGGUGUUCGCCGAGAUCCCGCAGCUCAAUUUCGGCAUCUGGUUCCUACACCAGUCGGAUGAGACGACCGCCGACCCGGAAAAGAUGCGGCUGUCGGGCGCCUCGGCCGGGCCCAAGUACACGCAGCAG